AAUAGGGUUCGAUCCGCUUCCCGCUAGCCUAUGCAACAUGAUCAUGGAAUAGGAAUAUUAAAAUUUAAAGCGCUCUAUAUAAACCUGGGCUUCCCAAUAUUAUCAUAUCAAGGCAUACAUUUCAAUACCUAGAGAAGCUACAUCUUAAAAUAAGCUUUUAUCUAAUGAAUUGGAACAUGAAGCUUGCAGUGAUAGUUUUAUGUGUGAUGACGAUGUCACGAGCCGAUCAGGAAACACCUGUGGUUCUAUGUGGAAGGGAACUUGCCAAUGCCAGAGUGUUAGUUUGCUAUGGCGCUGAGUUUGUUUCUAAACGAGCGUCACCGCAAUCUAUAGUCGCGGCAUUAGCAAGUGGCGAUAAAUGGAUUGAAGAACUCAUGUGGGGAGGGCGUCGUGCCGCUAUAAGUGCUGAUUGGAACCGAUACAAAAGGGGCGGGUUGGCUGAUGAAUGCUGUCUUAAACCCUGCACCACCGCUGAUAUACUUAACUACUGCUAAACGUGUGAUUAAAAUAUCUCCUGUACAUAUGUAUUUAAACUUCGGUAAGCUGGCCUAACUUAAAUAGAUAAAUAAAUAUAUUUACCUG